UCCUCGCCGUCCUCCUCGGCCCUCCGGCAGCCGCCCUCCCCCUACUCCCCGGCGGCCGUGGCCAGCCUGGCGGCGGUGGUGGGCUUCCUCAUCGUCUUCACCAUCGUGGGCAACGUGCUGGUGGUAAUAGCCGUGCUCACCAGCCGGGCGCUGAGAGCUCCCCAGAACCUCUUCCUGGUGUCCCUGGCCAGCGCGGACAUCCUGGUGGCUACCCUGGUCAUGCCUUUCUCCUUAGCCAACGAGCUUAUGAAUUACUGGUACUUCGGCAAGGCUUGGUGUAACAUUUACCUGGCUCUGGACGUGCUCUUCUGCACCUCCUCCAUCGUCCACCUGUGCGCCAUCAGCCUCGACAGGUAUUGGUCGGUCACACAGGCGGUGGAGUACAACCUUAAACGGACCCCCCGGCGGAUCAAGGCCAUCAUCCUCACUGUGUGGCUCAUUUCAGCUGUCAUCUCCUUCCCGCCAUUGAUCUCCAUGUACCGGGACCCUGAAGGAGACGGCUUUCCCCAGUGCAAGCUCAAUGACGAGACAUGGUACAUCCUUUCUUCUUGCAUUGGCUCUUUCUUUGCCCCCUGCCUCAUCAUGGUGUUGGUCUAUAUCCGCAUCUACCGUGUGGCCAAGCUAAGGACCAGGACCCUCUCUGAGAAGCGUACGAUGCCAGAGGGGUCAUCCCAGACUGAGAACGGCUUGAGCCGUGCUGCUGGGGGCUGCACGUCCCUGAGGAUGCAGCUGGGAGAGAACGGACAUUACUCAGUGCACCACUGGCGCAAAACCUCAGAACUGGAGGACAUUGAGCUGGAGGAGAGCAGCACCUCAGAGAGUAGACGGAGGCGGAGCCGGGAGGAGCAUCCCCGCAAAAGCAGCAAGAGCCAGUCCUUCUCCUACUCAUAUUCCUCCAAGCACUCUAGUAGCCGUCUGUCCCGCUCUAGCAAUCGCUCCAUGCAGUUCUUCUCAUACCGCCGUCGCCGGAAGCGUAGCAGCAUCUGCCGUAAGAAAGUCACCCAGGCCCGGGAGAAACGCUUUACUUUUGUGCUGGCCGUGGUCAUGGGGGUCUUUGUAGUUUGCUGGUUCCCUUUCUUCUUCAGCUACAGCCUCUAUGGUAUUUGCCGGGAGGCCUGUGAGGUUCCUGAGACUCUCUUCAAGUUCUUCUUCUGGAUUGGGUAUUGCAAUAGCUCCCUCAACCCAGUCAUCUACACCAUCUUCAACCAGGACUUCCGCAGGUCCUUUAAACACAUUCUCUUUAAGAAGAAGAAGAAGAACUUCCGGCAUUGAGCUGGAGGGAUGGAUUUGCCUUGAGCAGGAGUGGAGUUAAAAGAGAAGGAGAAAGCUCUAUGCUGAAAAAUAAGGGAGGGAAGAGAACAUGGGGUUUGGGCUAAGAGAGAAGGAAUAGGGCUCGCCCCCUUGGGGGUGCAGAAUGGUGGUGCGGGGUACAGAGAUAGUGUCGGGGAGGCUGAGGGCAUUCACUGUGGUACAGAAUGGUGGCAUGGUGCUGGAGGAGCGGUGCUGGAGUGUGGAUGGAUAAAUGGGGAGGGGAGUGAUUGUCUUUGAACCCUGACAGAGGGCAUGGGGAGUUCGCAGAGGAAAAUAGGCUAAGACACCGAGUU